UGCCUACGACGAAGCAUCGUGCAAAUAUUGCAAGCUUCUCCAGUGUCCAGAGGGUCAUGUAAAAUGUAAGGAGACGUACAAAUGUGUGGAUCGGGAUUUCUUCUGCGAUGGCUAUGAUGAUUGCGGUAACGACUGGGAUGAGCAGUACGACACCUGUGUGGCGCUACCAUGCAGAGACUUCGAAGCGCACUGUCCGACCACGGGAAGCUGCUUCCGUUUGUCGCACAUCUGUGACGGAUCUAACGUUGAUGCUCCGCGCGGCGCUCUGGAAUUCGCGUGCGGUAGCAAUCAUGGAUUGCAACCACUCUACGACUACGAAUGCGCAAAUAUAUUCUGGCAGCAGAAUUGUACUGAGCCAUUUUUUCGGUGCUGGUCGACAACUAUGUGCGUGGCCAACUACGAGCUUUGUAACGGCGUGGCUACUUGUAGGGACCGCUCAGACGAGAGCGAUGAUGCCUGCCAGGUUAAGAUCUGCUCGAGUGACGAAUUCAAAUGCAGGCGAUCGGGUAAAUGUAUCCAGAUGCGAUCUGUCUGUAACAAAAAAUCGGAUUGUAAAGAUGGAUCGGAUGAAGAAGAAGAGUUCUGCCUUACGCUACCAUAUGUUACUACCGAAAAAGCUAUCACCGAUAUUUCCACGGAGGAAUUUGAUGUAUGGACAUCGCCACUUCCUUUAUUAGAGCAACGCAAGUGCAGCUACUCUCGUAUUGCUUGCAUUAGCAAUUGCACGACCGGGGCAUUACCUUGCAAUAAUGCCAAAGAGUGCGAGGGAGGCAGGGACGAGGAGCUCUGUCCCUUAGAAUGGAUGCAAUGUUCAGAUGAUUUUCCAUUCGCGUGCUCCAAUAAGGAGAUCUGUCUUCCAAGCAGACUCGUGUGCAACGGUAAAUCCGACUGUACAGAUUUCUCUGACGAGGACACCGACAGCUGUCAACUGUCAGGCAAGGAUAACGAAGAUCACUUCACUGUUGACCGAUGUAUGUUUGGUGAUAGGAAAGAGUUUUCCUGUCGCUCUCGAUGCGGCCAAGUGGCAAAAACGCAAUGCAGUUGCGACGCCGAGUGCCACUGGUACGGUGACUGUUGCUAUGACUACGAAACAACAUGUCUUAUGGGAAUCACCGAGCAUGGAAAACGAAGAAUUGAUGAAAUAUACAGUUCAUUAGCAAAGAAAAAAGAGCAACCUUCACUGAAAGAGUUCAUGGCAUGUCAAGGUUUUAGCAUAAAACCGACGCAAGGUGUCGUUGAUUUUUUCCUACUCGUUACCAAAUGCCCCGAAGCUUGGGAGAAUGCAAACAUUCGGAGAAAGUGUGAGAAGGAUGGAGACGAUUUUGAUUCAGAACCCGUCUAUCAAACACCGUUCUAUGAAGAAUCUGGAGACAAGCAAGGGAUUACGUACAGAAAUAUGUUCUGCGCGGUGUGCCAUUCGCGCAAGCUGUUGGAACUGCGGCAAUGGUUUGCCGAAAUGAAAUGCGAUAGAACCAUACGGAACAAAGAGACGAUUGAGCAAGGGAACGAAACGAAUAUUAGUGACCUCAUCAAAUCGUGUAAAUUCCAUACUCAUCCUCCAUGGAACAUACAGCAUAGGCCUCACUACUGCGUUCUGAAAUACGGAUACGGCCAUUACAACAAUAUUACCAGCACCUGCCUCGCUAACGAUAUGUUGCAGCAGCCCACGAUCCUAAAUAAUCUUGCAUGGCUGAGCGAGAUGUGCGAUGCUUACUUCGCACCCGUCGCAUCUCUAUUUACAGGAUAUCGCGCUGGCCAGCUUUAUCGUAAUUCCCAUUGUGCGAUGUGUAACGGUGUUGUUCGUACAUAUUGCCCCACUAGAUCUUUUUCGCUGGGUCCGUCGAUCGAGUUGCCAUCCUUCUCGCUCUUGUUGGAUUUCUCAACUAGUGUUGAUGGAAUAAGCUAUCAGGGAAGGUCAGUCGUAACGAAGGAUAAGAAAUGCAAAGGAGGGCAAGUGUACGAUUAUGACAGUGACACGUGUCUCACUGCCUUCUGCAAUCAGGGCUUGCAGAGGCAAGGGGACCGAUGCAUCUUACCGUUCAACCAAUCAGCACUCGCGUCGGAUUUUCCUGGCCUGACCUUAACGCCAUCUAUGGGAGACGCUCUGAGCAUUUCACUUGUCGUGGGUGUGAGCUGCGACAGAAUUCCCGAACUCGUUGAAUUGCCCAAUGAAUUAAUAACGGUGCUUGGUGUCAAUUCACAUCAGAUCAUAGACGUUAAACUUACAAAUAACGGCGGGAAAGACGACUGCACUAAUACCUCGGUGAUCAGCUUCACUGUAACCGUUGGAGUGCGAUUCGAUCGUGAUACGUAUCGGGCGACUGUAAGUCUCGCGUACAUCUGGGACACAACGUCUCGGGCCAUCAGAUUAAACGCGUUUAAUCCAGCGAUCGAGGUCGCCUCUGCUAGCCUACAAAACUACGACUUUGGCGCCGCCUAUGCGUGUCCGAAUGGCGAAUUAGUCUCGUAUUCCGCUGCUGACGUCACGUUUGUCGAAAACGCAGACGGUGCCGAUUACGUCAUAGUCAACUCAACGCAGACGAUGUACGGCGUGGACAAUCUCCUUAUCAAUGCCACCCGCUACGCAGAUGGGCGAACUAGGGUUAGCUUAACGGGAUGCGAAAGCGAGUUGCUCAUUUGCUUAAAAGUUUCGCUAGACGACGACCAGUAUGAAAUCGACGGCAAUAAUCGAGUCACUACUAAAACCGGACACGUGUUGUUACCGUCUCAUUACGAAUCUGUCGCCAACAGCAGCAGUAUCAUCGUCUGCGCGUCGCAGUUGAAAACCACCGCCGCCGCCCCGUACUCGAAUGUCUCCGUCGAAGAGUCGUCUUUCGAGUCGUACGUCAAAGGAGUUCUGUCGCUCGUCACGGGCGUGCUGUCGCUCGUCUGCCUAGCGCUAACCUUCGCGACCUACUGCCGCGUGCCGGCGAUGCGCACGCUGCCCGGAAAGAUGGUCAUGUGUUUCGUCGCGACGCUAUUUCUCGCGCAGCUGCUGCUGCUCGUCGGCGUGCACCGCACGGACGCGCGCGGCGCAUGCGUCGUCGUCGCCGUCGCGCUGCACUACCUGUGGCUGUGCGCGUUCGCCUGGAUGCACGUGAUGGCGUUCGACAUCGCGCGAACGUUCGCGCUCGCCAAGCAGACGACGAAGCGACGGCGCACGAUGUGGAAGUACGGCGCGUAUGCGGCGACGCUGCCGCUCGUCUUCGUCGCGCCGUGCGUCGUAGUGCACGCCGUCGCCACGGCGCCGCGGCUAUACGCCGUCACGAGCUGCUGGAUCUCGCACACCUGGGCGCUGCUCGGCGCCUUCGUGCUGCCGGCUGCGCUCGUUUUCCUCAGUAAUGUCGUCCUGUUCGCCGUCACGGCGCACACGCUGGGCCGCAUGGCGAAGGUGACCAUGGACGUCGGCUCGACGCUGUCGCCGACACGCCGUCUCGUAUUCUGCGCGAAGAUGUCGACUCUGUUGGGGUUCACGUGGCUGUCCGGCUUUCUCGCGGCGAUAUUCGACGCCGCGUGGCUGUGGUACGUCUUCAUCGUCUGCAAUUCGCUGCAGGGCGUGUCGAUAUUUCUCGCGUACGUCGUAUUCAAUAAGACCAUAUGGAAUCGGAGAGGAGGCAAAUCCUCGUCGCACAACGCGUCGGGAAGCUGCGAUAUUACGUGCAGUAGUCGACUUGGAAGUCAUCAGCGGCCGACAUCCAUACCCAGCCUGAGCGAAGAUUCGAUUAAUCUGAGUAAAUUGAACGUAGCCACGACUCCGAACCCAGCGUCGUUGAACUGUAGAGACGUAGUUCUAAAUGUACCGUCGACGACUACCUUUGUCGAGCACAUCCAAAUAUGUGAAAAAUAAAACGAAAGCCGGUAGUAAUUGCUCAGCAUUCCCUAAAGCAACUGAUAUAAUUUGUCCGUGCUUUUAGCGUGUAGAGUGCAUGCGAUCGCCCCGGGUAGCAUGAUAUGAAAUAUGUCCAUCUCCGUGUCUCGUAUUCGUCUGAGUAGCUUCUAAUAUAACAGACCUAUAGAGCGUUGAUAUCGUAAAUGUAAUUAUUGUAAUGAAAUGGACGCCGUCGCUCCUUAGUUAAUAACAUUUUG